AUGAGAUUCCACAGCGACCUGAAAAACAUUCGCACAUUUGCCAAGCUCACGGCCGCAUUCUCCGCCUUGGAGAAGCUGGUAUGGCUGCGCCUGAGCGAUGAGACGGCGCACUUCACCGUCGUGCCGGACGCGGGCUCGCAAAUCUGGUCGGUGCUGCCAAUGGACUUCCUCUUCGAAAACUGCACCAUUCAGUCCGCCGAGCCUAGCAACACCAUCAACCUCGAGCUUUCUCUGCAGCCGCUCCAUCGCGCUCUCAAAUCCGCCCAGAACAGCAUCUCGGCUUCCCUGCGCCUCACCAAGAAGAAGGGCAUGCCCGUGCUGUCCAUGACCAUCACAACCACCACGUCCAGGCCGUCCCAUGGAAAUGCACCAGCUCCCUCAAGGCCCUCUCACGACGAUCCCUUUGGCGACGACGAUGACUUCCAGUCAGCCCAUCUUGAGACUUCUCUGCGGAGAGAACACGAGAAGAUCAUCACUCAGGAUAUUCCCAUCCGGGUGCUCCAUCCAGACACCGUUGCCUCCACCGUCCAGCCUGUGCUGCAGGAACCAGAUGUCCACAUCCAGCUGCCGCCACUCCUCCAGCUCAAGUCCAUCUCAGACCGCUUCACCAAGCUUGCCCUUGCCUCCAAUGGCUCCAACAAAUCCCCCAGGCUCGAAAUCAGCGCCAACAUGCACGGCGGUCUUCGCGUGCGCAUCGCCACCGAAACGGCAGACAUCUCCAGCGCCUGGACUGACCUUGAUAACCCGGAGUUAGAUCCAGCCCAGCUCAGGGUCCCCCUCGAGGAUCACCCUAGCACGAAGUUCCGUGAUCGUGGACCUGACUCUUGGGCUUCGAUUUAUGUCGAUGGUAAGGACUGGAGCAGAGUCCUCAGUGCUGGCAGGCUGGAGGGUAGGGUCAUUGCUUGCUUUUGCCACAACCACUCCCUGGUGUUGUACGUCUAUAUACCACAUUAUGACGACGCAGGUGGGGAUGAUGCAGUCCUCACAUAUCAUGUCCAAGCAUACACGGCAUAA